AUGGUCAAAAGUGAUAAAAAUUCAGGAGCUUGGAAACUAGCAUGUAUUUAUGAUGGUUGCAGCAUGUUGGGGUCAGUGAUUCUUGCAAACAUACUGAGUAAAACAGUGGUUAAAGAUUCACCUUCUUCUGAAGAAAUGAUCCAGUAUGAAAUCAAGCAAACAAAGAUGUUUAAAGGUUUUGAAAUGGUGAAAGAGGUCAAGUAUGUUUUUACAGCUAUUUCAUCAGCAGCCUGCGGGGUAGAUUUAGAAGUCGGAAUGAAGCAGAAACAGUAUCUUAUUUCAGGUAAUUUGUCAAAUAAUGGAAUGCUUAUACUUUAUUUAUGCGAUUUUAUUAAAAAAUGGCAUGAAGUUACCGAUUCUCAAAAGAUAAAUCUAAAAAACAACUAUCAAAAGGGCUGUGACUGUACAAUUACUCACUGCCGUACAGAACCUUGUUCCACCACAAAACCCCAUGAAUGCCUAUGGACGGAUUGGCUGAAAGAGAAGAAGAACUGUGGACAUCAAGCAGAUAAUUCUGCCUGUUUCAAGGGCAGUGAAGGAACUUGCAGUUGGCACAAUGCUCUUCCUUAGUGAAAUACUUAGCUGAUAUCAGUGAACCAUAAAUAAUAUAAAUAAUAUA